AUGAUCAUUAUAUGCCCCAGUUUUCACAUCUCUUUAGUUAGGGUAACAACUCCUCAUUAGGCAGUUCAUCGGCGGAGAUUUCUGUUAUUUGUUUCAUAAAUUGAUAGUCCAUAUAUCUCAAUAAAAUCGCUCCUUAAUUAGAAGAGGAAGAGGAAGAAGGAGGAGGAGGAGGAGGAGGGUGUUGUUAUUAUUAGACGUAUUUACGAAUUUCGAAUCUUUGAUUAAAGUUUUUCCAUUUGAUUCCAUUCCACAAGCCGACUCUGACUGAUCACUGGUUUCAAAGAAUAUUGGUAAUUUUAUUUUCUCCCACCAAAGUUCAGACUUCAUAUCGAGGGGGUUUAAAUCUUCGAGUGGUUCACAUGAGUACUUCAGACAUCACCAUGGGAAGUAGUGGCGGAAAGAAAGUGUUGCUCACUUCCAACGCAGACGAGAUUUCCAACAACAUAGCUCUUCAUUUGGCCCGCAGAGGUUGCAGGGUGGUUUUGAUGGGAGAUGAGAGGCGUCUCCGGAAUGUUGCAGAGAAGAUAAGAUGUGAUGUGGAGGGUGCUUUGCCAGUGGAUGUGGUUGCUGUGGAUAUGGAGGAGGAGAGAGAAGGGCCUUUCCAUGAGGCAGUGGAUAAGGCAUGCAAGUUUUUAGGCAAUUUGGAUGCUUUUGUGCAUUGUUUCACUUAUGAAGGAAAGUCACAAAACCAUCUAGAAUUAACCGAAGACGAGUUCAAAAAGAUAAUGAAAAUAAACUUCAUGGCUCCGUGGUAUUUGUUAAAUGCCGUCGGAAGAAAGAUGCGGGACAACAAGUCAGGAGGUUCCAUAGUGUUGUUGACCACAAUUGCCGGUGGUGAAAGAGGAAUUUAUCAAGGAGCCACCGCAUAUACUUCAUGUGCGGCGGGGUUGCAGCAGUUAGCUCGGGCAUCAGCUCUAGAAAUUGGGAAAUACAAGAUCAGGGUGAAUGCAAUAGCAAGAGGAUUGCACAUAGAAGAUGAAUACCCAAAAGCAGUGGGGAAAGAUAGGGCAGAGAAAUUCGUCAAGGAUGCAGCUCCACUAGAGAGAUGGCUAGACCCUAAGAGUGAUGUCGUUUCAACAGUUAUUUAUUUAAUAAGUGAUGGGUCAAAGUACAUGACAGGCACUACCAUUUUUGUUGAUGGGGCACAGUCUCUCACAAGGCCUCGGAUGCGUUCUUACAUGUGAUUCCUCUUUCCCAUAUCGCCUUUUUUUGUUCCAACCCCAUUACUCAGAAAUAAGUUAUUUUAAUGGAUUAUUUAACUGUGUGCCACCACAAUACGCCUUAAUUAAAGGUCGUUGGUGAAAAUUUAUUGGAGGUACUCUUUUGUUCAACUAUGAUUUGAGAUGGGGUGGUAAUUUGAUUCGUGUUUGAAUUGAUCUAA